UUCCACAAUGUUUGGGUAACAAUGCAGGUGCACUCAGAAUAUUCAGCUUGCAUGACAAUAAACUAGAGGGGAAAAUCCCCCAAUCUUUGGCUAAUUGCAAAGAGCUACAAGUUCUUGAUUUAGGAGAUAAUCACCUCAACGACACAUUCCUAAUGUGGUUGGAUACUUUGCCGGUGCUGCACGUUUUAAGCUUUAGAUCGAACAAUAAUCUCAAUGGAGAGAUCCCUUUGUCUAUUUGCAAUUUAACAUCACCAAAAAUUCUAGAUUUGGCAAAAACAAAUAUGAAGGGAGCAAUUCCGCAAUGUUUGGGUAAUAUCAAUGAGCUUAUGGUUUUGGAUAUGCGGCACAACAAUCUUUCUGGGACUUUUCAGAGUACUUUUAGCAUUGGAAGUGUACUCAAAAGCUUCAACUUGCAUGGCAAUAAGCUAGUCGAAAAAAUUCCACGAUCCUUAGCAAAUUGCCAUCAACUGCAAGUUCUUGAUAUAGGAGAUAAUCUCCUCAACGAUACAGUUCCAAUGUUGUUAGGGACUCUGCCAGAGCUACAAGUGUUAAGUUUGAGAUCCAAUAAAUUGCAUGGACCCAUCAGGACUUCAAGAAUCAUGAAGAACUUGUUUCCUAAGCUUCAAAUCAUAGACCUCGCUUGCAAUGCAUUUACAGCAGAGUUACCUGCAAAUCUUUUUCAGAGCUUAGAAGCUCUGAAGGGAAUUGAUCAAAUAGAGGAGGAAUCCAGUAAUAAAGGAGACCGUCAUUACCGACACUCCUUUUUCUUUACUUGGAUAGGUGGACAUUGGAUGGAUGGAAAUUAUCAAGACUCCAUAACUAUCGUAACAAAGGGACUGCAGCUUGAAGUUGUGUCAUUAAUCUUGUCUUUGUACACCACUAUUGAUUUUUCAAGUAACAGAUUUGAAGGACACGUUCCAAGUAUUAUGGGAGAUCUCAUUGAACUUCGUGUGUUGAAUUUAUCCCAUAAUGGAUUGCAAGGUCAUAUACCACCAUCACUAGGAAAUUUACAUUUAGUUGAAUCACUGGACCUAUCAGCUAACCAUCUUGCAGGAGAGAUACCUGAACAACUUACAUCUCUUACAUUUCUUGCAUUUUUGAAUCUCUCCCACAAUCAUCUCCAAGGAUGCAUCCCGACAGGAUGCCAAUUUGCUACAUUCGAGAUGAACUCGUAUGUAGGUAAUGAUGGGUUAUGUGGAUUCCCUGUCUCGGAAGGUUGUGGAAGUAGCGGGAUGCCAGCGACAAACAACACAAAACCUGUGCUGGAUCAAGAAAGCAAUUCUACAUUUCUAAGUGAAUUUAGGAAAGCGGUUCUUAUGGGAUAUGGGAGUGGACUUAUUAUUGGAUUCUCCAUAGCAUAUUUCAUGCUUUCAGCUCGAAAUCCCAAUUGGCUUUCUAGGAUCUCUGAAGAACUAGAAUACAGAAUUAUUAUGAGAAGGCGAAAGAAGCAGCGAGACCAUCAAAGGAACUACAGAAGAAGAACUAAUCACAUCUAGAAAAG